AUGGAUACUGCUACAACCGCGACUCCCCUUCACGUGUGUGAAUCUGAUGAUCCUAAUGCCCCCAAGGAGGAGCCUUUCACCCUUCCUCCUGCCUACGACCCCGAACAAGGCUCUGCCCCCCAGGCAGCCCCAGUGGUGACCAAUGCUGAUGUGAGCAGCGGUGAGCCGCCACAAAUGAGCGAUGUCGUCAAGAGGCUACUUAAAACCAGAUUCUGCCGUUAUGGGGAUCACUGCAAGUACGGUGCUAGGUGCUUCUACGCCCACAGCCCCGAGGAGCUGAGGCAGAGGCCUCCCCCUCCUCCUGGUUACCGCAAGGGCUUCCCUCAAGGACAUACCGCUCCCUUCCCUCCAGAGCAUAUGGCCGCUAUGGUGGCUUUUCAAGACCCUAUGAUGGGUUACCAACCACCAUUGGGUUUUUUACCCGAGGCUAUGGCACAGUUGAUGGCACCAAUGGGGGAUCUACGUAUGAAUAUGAUGCCCUAUGGCCCCUCCGAGAACUCCACUGCUAACACCUACGGUUACGACAACACGGCUACUGGUGCCCCUCAGCCUGCUCAAGUGAAGGCACCUGUUGUUGGAGAUGUGCCCGGACGUAUGACGGUUAGUCUGAGCCAUUCUGGUAUGACUGCCGCCCAAAUCGCCAAUCUCUUGGAAGUGGCGUCUUCGACUGCGAAGGCCACUGAGAAGUAA